AUGGACCCUCACCGCCGCAUACAAUCACAGACUUCCUCUACCUCGACUGCAACUCCUUCCAAACAUGCUUUCGAAACGAUUGUGGCCGACGUCAAGUCGCCAAAGAGUGAUAUCAAUGCUUUGAUCCUCGACUACCUGAUGAUGGAGGGAUAUCCCAAGGCUGCCGAGAAGUUCCAGAAAGAGGCAAACUUGAAGCCCAAGCAGGAAGACCCUACCAUCAAUGCUCGUCAGGAGAUCCAGCAUGCCAUCCAUAUUGGCAACAUCCAGAAGGCCAUCUCCGACCUCAAUGAGCUCGACCCUGGUAUCCUGGAUAGUGAUCCACACCUACACUUCUCCCUGCUACGGUUGCAGCUUAUAGAGCUCAUCCGCAAUGCCAGAGGAUAUGAUCCCACAGCAGCCAUCAACUUUGCUCAGGAGAAGCUCGCCCCUCGCGCUGCCUGUAACGAGCAGUUCUUGAAGGAGCUCGAGAAGACGAUGGCCUUGCUCAUCUUCCCGCCCGACAAGCUCCAGCCCGACCUGGCCGCGCUCCUCCACUCUGACCUGCGCCGUAACACGGCAGCUCAAGUGAACGAGGUAGUUCUGCAACGACACACGGAGCGGCGUGAAGCUGCCAUCCGUCAACUCGUUCGCAUGCGUGCCUGGGCUGAGGCAUCUUGCCGGUCCAAGAAGAGAAAUCUUCCUGACCGUAUCGAGCUGGGCCUCAACACUGGGGACGACAACGGGCAUGAGCCUAUGAUCAUGAGUUAG